GUCCCCGUUUUUUAGUUCCUCUACGUCGCGCUAGUAGACUUCUGACACGCUCGCUGCCCUCGCUGACCCCGCGCAAGCUUGUCAGACAACUACUAGCGCCACUAGUGGUGGAAAUUGGCGGCAGAAUCGAGGGACAUUUUGCGAACCACUUUUAACAGUGUGUGUCAGGGGGCUGGUCGUGUUGUUGCAGCUCUCGAGAGUUAACUGUUCUCAGUAAAAGACCAAAGUAAAAAAAAUAACAUCACUAGCAGACGAUUAUAUUGCUUCAUGGUUUAACCUUGGACCGGUUCAACGCUGCAUCUCGUUCAAAAACAAUGAACGUAAAGUUCAAAGUGGUUAGAAAAAUCAACCAUUUGGCUUGGUUUGCCACGGAAAGUGGUCGAAAGUUCAGUAAAGGAUGCGUUAUUACCUUCGGCCUUGGCACAUUUGCCGCGAACUAUCUACCACAUAGUCUGUUCUUGGAUACGUACAAAGAAGUCUUUCAGAUGUACAGGAAAUCUCAUCCGGUACGGGUAACUGCAAAAAUAAAAAAACAGUUCAAUGCCGUCUUGGACGACCUUGAAGUCCCUGACCACAUCCGGGGACUCAUAAAGCCGUUCAUAGUUAAUGGAUUUGACUUAAUUCACGCUGGAUCACCGAAUCUGCGCUCAGGAGCUAUCGUCGGUGUGCCAUUAAGCUUUGACUAUGAGGAACUAAAAGAUAUCGACGACUCGACGUUGGUACUCCAAGACAAACCUGUCGACUGGAAAUCUGUAGAGGGUCAAAAUUUACUUUCAUCUCUGCUGCUGUCGGAAGAAGCAAAGAAAUUUGCUAUUGCACAGAAAGUUUUAAGGUGUCAAUCACACGAAAUCUGGGUGAAUUGCAUUCUACCAAUGUUGUGUACUGCAUUUGCUUAUGCGAUCGCGCAGAGGGCCAACGUCAUGCUAGACAGUCUUUAUCGUCCUCCAAUUGUCAGGAUUUGCUUGUACUCUUUUGUCGGUAUGUUUAGCAUCGCGACCUGGGGAGCCUUGAAGGAUUUUUCCACCAUUCAAUAUGAUAAUGAAUGCGACGAGGAAUUAUGUAAAUUAGGUAAGGAUUACAUAAAAGGUGGUCAAGAAUAUUAUAGUAAAAUUUUAGAGCGCAAUGUUGCACUGAGAAGCUUAUUGGGCGAUUAUGGCGCUAAAUUGUAUUCAGUCAGCGGUAACCAACGAUUCUUUUUGAGACAAAAAGGUAUGCCGCUUGUUUAUAGAAAGCUAUAUUUUGAUGAACAGAUGGAAAAUCUUAGAUAAAAGAUGUUUGUAAAUAGCAGUAGAUUUCUUUAAAAUGUUAUUAAAUUUAUUUCCUGUUUAAUAAAUAAUACAUUUGUUGCUAGUAGUUGACUAAUUGAAAAUUCUAUAUAAAACACUCUGUCUGAGUCUAUAUAAUAUCUUGGUUUUGAUCUUCACACAAUAUCUACGUGUUAUAUUUCUUUUAAUUUAGAAACUAUACAUCAGGUAUUAACAUACAUACAUGUAAAUCUUACAUUGGAUUGUGUAAAUUAUUUGUACAAAGCUUUGCAUUAGAGUCGCGUAUGUAUAAUUACCUACUAUUUGUAAAAGAUUUUCCAUUACUUCAUAUAUGUUCCUAGUGCCAAUUUUAAUUGUAGCAGUGAUAUUAGCGCUGCAUCUUAUCCUAUUAUAUUUCUCUCUUGUGAACAACUAAACGAACUUAUAACUUUAAAAUACUCAGCACAGAAUUACUGUGUUGUUAAUGAUCAUUGCACAAUUCAUUAUAAACAAAUUACGCAAAUUCGGCCAGCAACAGAUUAGUUAGAAGUAAAGAUUUCGUAAGGUAGUCGAAUAAAUAAUCACAUAAUGCACCACUAUCUUACAUGCAAUCACUCAGCGGGCAUUAAGCCGAGAUUUUAUUUACCUUGAGUUAUAACAAACCGAGCGAACCGAGCUGCAAGAAAAAAUGAGGAAUUUCGAAAUGAUUAUGUGUUAGGAAUGAUGACUAGGAAUUAAAUUUCUUUACUUACCAAUGUCAA